GCUAUCUGAGGACGGGGGCUGGCGAGGCUCACGCUGGAGGCCUUCGCUGGAGGUCUGUCUAGAGAAAGCUGUUUGGCAGCUGAGGGCAGCGAGGGUACCGGUGACCAUGAGAUCUCUGCGGCUGUUCAGAACCCCCUUCCUGUGCGGCCUGUUCUGGGCCCUUUGUGCCCCAGGUGCCUGGGCUGAGGAGCCCAGGGCCAGCCCUUCCCAUCACGGCAGCAUGGGCCUGGAUAAGCACACAGUGCACGACCAAGAGCACAUCAUGGAGCAUCUAGAAGGUGUCAUCAACAAACCAGAGGCAGAGAUGUCCCCACAAGAACUGCAGCUCCAUUAUUUCAAAAUGCAUGAUUAUGAUGGCAAUAAUUUGCUUGACGGCCUAGAACUCUCCACAGCCAUCACUCAUGUCCAUAAGGAGGAAGGGAGUGAACAGGCGCCACUAAUGAGCGAAGAUGAACUGAUUAACUUAAUAGAUGGUGUUUUGAGAGAUGAUGACAAGAACAAUGAUGGAUAUAUCGACUAUGCUGAAUUUGCAAAAUCACUGCAGUAGACGUUACGUGGCCGUCUCCUAGUUAUAUACAAUGUGACCCGUUAUAAUGUGAUUGAACACUUUUGGUAAUGCAAAAUGACUCGUUUCCAACUACUGCUGCAGUAUUUUUGUAAAAACCUGUACCGAUUUGUUACACUGGGGUAGGAAAGAGAAAUCCAGAGAAAUAAAAGAGAAGAGAAAUGGGACAUAUUGUAGUCCCUAAGUACUGUUAAAUCUCUUAUUGGACCAGGUCUUGAUGUAAAGAAUCUUUUUAAGAAUAUUGGAUAAUUAGAGCUGAGUACUCAGGAACUUGACUGUAGAAUACUGCUAGGCUCUUGGUUUUAAUUCAUGCUACCUGAAAAGUAAGAUGAGCUUUGCCAAGUAGACGCACUUUUCAGUAACAGUGAAGAAAUGAAACGAAUGCCAAAUGUUUCCCCUAGUGGGUCCUGUCUCUUCAGGUUAAUGUGGUCAGUAUUCUGUAAAGUUCCUCUGGCCUAAGUGAUUACUUGCUUUGGGCAAGUGAGUAUUUAUUAGGCUAUUUCAAAGCCACAUCAUAAGAAGAAUGUCAAAUAUUGAGUUCAGCUAGCCACGGGGUCUAAGAUUCUGUAUCUUCUGGCACUUUGGAAAUGAUACACCACUGACCUAAGUGAUUAACCUUUUUUCAGUUUUUCAAUAUUUUAUAGAACUACUGCCACAUCCUUAUACUUUAUUUCUUUUAUGUCUUCUUCAACCUAGGAGAGACCUUGAAUUUAAAAGUGUUCUCUACUCUAAUCAAUAGCAAAUGUUUUAGCUUUCUUAAUAUUUGUAUUUAACUCUUGUUUCUAGAGUUCCGUUUUUGCAGUUUAGAAACUAUUAGGAACGUAGGGACUUUAUCCCUCUGCUUGAUACAGCAGGGUAAAACUACUAGCUGUUCUAGCUGGUGAAAAGAUCAUUCACCCAGCGCAGUAACUAACCUGAUACAAGUUAUAUUUAGAAGGAAUGUUGUUUAAAUUACCUCUUCUAGCCUGAGUACAUGAGUUCUUUCAGAUCAGGAAAGAUUAGAAAAAGAAGCCUAAAAGCCUAAAAACUCGUAACAGUGUGAAUCUCAAUAGAAGUUGAAAGUGAGAAGCAGCAGCAGAGUGUAAUUUGGGUUAUUGGAUGUGAUGGACAUGCUGUGAUAGAAAGCCUGAAAUGAUGGUUGAAUGGGAAAACCGCAUAAAAUUUGCUGUAAGAUGUAUAGAGACUUAUUUUCUUUAUUAAAGUAUUCUUAUAAGAAAACAUAUGUAUUUGUAAAAAUGGUUUCCUGUGUCAAGUAUUUGUGCAAUCAGAGCUGAAUUGUAAACUAUUCUUGUAAUAUCUAGUUAUUUUGAAAGAUUUAUAUAAUGAAUUCUGGAUAUAUGACCAAUAAAAUUAAUGAAACAAAA